GUCAGCUCGACCUCCCUUGCCAAAGUCGCAGGAGCGACUUUGUUGUCCAAAUUCCCGCCCAGCGUGUCUCAGGCGGAUGAGCUGCUCACUGCACUGGUGUCGCAGGGCGGUGACUUUGAGGCUGCCUGCAGGGCCGUGUCUGGCUGGAGCGACGCCAUGCUUGAGCUUGUGGCGGAGGUGGCACGGGGGCCAAUGUCCGAGGCACCAGUGGAGGAGGUGUGGCACUGGCUGGCGGGCGCAGAGCGUCUGGCACGGGGACUCUCCUUCGCAGAGCACUUCUCGGUGCAAGGCCUUGUCGCUCGCCUCGAGGCGGCGCACACCGUUGAGCUGGAGAGGUGGCAAGCCGCACUUCGCCAGCUGCGCGCUGCGCAGCGGGAGAGCAGCAGAGCUCGACGCGUUUAGCGGGCAUGUGCAGGUUGACGUGGCGGUGCCGGUGGCCGUGCUUUGUCAGCGGUCCAACGUGGCACCUUUGGUUUUGCGGAUGGCGCUGGAGCAGCUGAAGAGAGUGGCCGAAGGCGGCACCGUGAACGAAGACGAGUUGGAGCGCUUGCGCCCACUGGUGUUUGCUUUGCCGCGCGAGGAGCUCCUGCCUCUGGGGAAGGCGCUGUGGCAACUGGACGCAGGCGCAAAGGAGCUCGCUUGCGAGGUCCUGGCAGUGGAGGGCAAGCUGGAACCCCAGAGCGUGUGCGGGUGCGAGCAGUCAAUGUGGUCCCUUGCUGGCAAAGCAUGGCUGGACAUGGGCAGCUUCCGGCCGGCGCUGCGGUGCCUCAAGAAAGCGGCCGCGGCUUCAGCGGAGGCAUCGGGAAGCCUGAUAGCAUUUGACCGAGAGAGGCUCAGUGGGCUCGAGCCCAGUGCGCCCGGGCGGCUCAGCGGCUGCAGCGCCUUCUCACGCGCAGCGAGCUGCGUGGGGCUUUCGCUUGUCGCGAGGGCCCUGUGGCGCAGGCGACCUGCCACCGCGCUCGCCGCCUCCCGCCGUGCGGCGGGCCUGGCCGCCGGCCUCGCGGGCCUCGGCUCGCCAGUGCCAGUGCGUGCGGAGGGCUUCCAGUCGCUGUCCUGGCUGCCUAUCGAUGAGGCGCCCGCGACAGAACAGAUCUUUGAGCGCUUUGAGACAGACAAAGAGUGGUCCGUGGAUUUCAUCGUGUACCUGUCCCGGAUCCUGCUGAACUACGACAAGGGCUCUAGGACGUGGUGGCAGACGGAGGUGGUGCCGGCGGUGGAUGCCACGCUGGAGGGCCCCCCGGGCACCGCGCGGCUGCGAAAGCGCGCCGCGAAGCUGCGGGACAUCUUCGCGGACUACGCGGCCUCCGUGGAGGUGGGCCUACGGAAGUACCAAGAGGAGGGCCGCAGGAAGUCGGGGCUGCUGAAGCGGCUGGUGGACCGGUACGGGUCCAGCGAGGAGAGCCGGCGGCAGCUGGCGCUGGCCUUUACCUUGCUGGAGGACCAGCCUCUGGAGCUGCUCUCCAACUUGCUGGGCACCUUGGGGCUGGACAGCCGCCUGCAGGCGGUCUUCUCCCCCGCCCUAUCGGAUUACUUGGCCAUGGACCCCACCAGGCUGCUCCCGAAUACCCAAUACCCGGUCUGGAACGGGGGCCUGAACCGGUGGGUCAUCCCGGGCCUGCAGUCGGCCCAGCCCUACAAGAGCGCCUUCGACGAGAUGGACCGAGGUGCCGCGGUGAGCGUUUUCGGCGCCCGGGGCACCGAGGUCGUGGUCAAGGAGCGGCCCCUGACGCCCGGGGACUUUGGUCUCUUCGCGCUUUCCGGGGCCUUUGGCUGUGCCAUCACCCACUCCGUGGUGAUCCCGCUGGACGUGGUGAAGACAAGGCUCCAAACCUCGCCCGGCAGCUACAGCGGCCUGAUCAGCGGGGCGGUCCAGAUCCAAAAAGAGGAGGGCUGGCGGGGCCUGCUGGCAGGGUGGGAACCCACGGUGCUGGGGUAUCUCUGGUACGGCGUCACGGUGUACCCCGGCUACGAGUUCUUCAAACGGCUCUACCUCUCCCUCUUCCCCGCCGAGGAGCUGCGGGUGCUGCUGGUGAUCCUGGCGGGGGCCACGGCCACCGUCUUCGCCUGCUUCGGGGUCUGCCCGGCAGAGGCCUGCCGCAUCCGCAUGGUGGCGAACCCGGAGCUGGACCAGCAGGGCCUUCUGAAGGUGGUGCAGCUCAUCUCGGAGCGGGACGGGCUUGGGAUCUUGUACGAUGGGCUCAGCACGCUGCUGGUGCGACAAGUUUUAUUCGGCAUGAUGAAAUUCCUGGUCUUCGAUUACUUCGCGGAUUUUGUUUUUGAUCUUCAGCCGGUCCUGGCCGAAAGAAUGGAAACUCAACUGCUGGUUUCCCUUUUCUCUGGGGCGGUUGCUGGAGUGGUGUCCUCCAUCGUGUCGCAGCCUGCAGACACGGUGCUGACACGCAUGAAUCAGAAGGAGGGCCGGGCCAACUUCUUGGACACCGCCAAGGAGAUCUUCGAGUCCGAGGGUGUGGGCGGCUUCUUCGCGGGCCUGGGCUCCCGGUCUGUGUGGGCCGCCUGCAUCAUCAGCGGCCAGUUCUUCUUGUACGACGUGUGCAAGAGCUUCCUGGGGGUCAAGGAUCUCAGGCUGUGGACAGCCAUGGCCCUGCUACAUAGCGGGGAAGCGAAGGAGGCGCAGGAGGCUUUCGUCGAGGCAGCCACCAUGAGUUCCGCCAUGCUGCAGCCUGGUGUGGAGGCUGCGGCCCAUUUGCGGCAGCGAGGUGAGCUGUCUGCCGCCCUGGAGCUCUUGGCCCGACUGGAGCCUGCAGGUGAGGUGCCCGGCGCUGCGUCCGUGUCCCGUGCCGAGCUGCUGCGGCAGAAGGCCCUGUGCCUCCUGGAGGUGGCUGAGGACUUUGAGGCAGCCGAAGGCGCAGUUCGCACGGCGUGCGGCUUGGAGCUGGGGGAGACAGCAGGCCGCGCGCGCUCGUUGAACGUGCUGGUGCAGGUGCUGUCGCGCCAGGCCAAGGAGUCCGAGGCAAAGGAGAAGGAGCUGCAGGAGAUAGCUUUGGACCUCAUGUCCCAGAAGCGUGCAAGUCUCCAAGAGUGCAUGGAUGCUUGUCGUGCUUUGACGGAGGGCGGUUUUGACCAGCUUCUUACCAAGUGCCUCGUGCGUCUACGGCGCCGAACUGCCGCUGCGAAAGGCACCGCGGGGCAAGUGGCGCGCCUGCGGCUUUUUGGGGCACAGAUGCUGGCCGCUCGCGUGUCGGAGCUCAGCAGUUGUGCUGCUGAAUUCAAGGAGCUGGCAGCGGAAAGCCUGUGCGAUUGGUUGGAAGAGGCGCGCGCCGGGGGACCAAAUGCAAACCUGGGAAGCUUGCUUUGCAGCCUGGCGAGAUCGUUGCGGCCGGAGGAAGCGCUGCUGUGGCUUCAGAAGGCCCAGUCCUUCACGGAAGAGCCCUGCGCGGUAUGGCGCGCCUUAGCUGCUUGCCACCACCAGCUGGGCGACCAGGGCAACAUGCGGCGCUGUUUGGAGGCAGCGCUCGCUUUGCGCCCAGAGGACGGGCCGUGCAACAUGCUGUUGCUACUGGAUGCCGUGGCGCGCGGGGAGGAUGAGUUGGUGAAGAGCCUGGCGGAGCGCGUGCGGCAGCGGGAGCUCGAGCUGGGCGUGCCGGAGGUGGCCUUUGUCCUCGGGGAGCUGAGGAGUCCAAUUGCACCAAACGCGAGUUCGCGCCUCGAGCUGCUUGAGUUGUUGCUGGACCUUUGCCAGGACUCAGCCGCGGAGCUUCAUGGGCUGAAGCUCCGCGAGAUUGAGCUCAUGUGCUUGGAGGCCGCAUCUGCAUUGCCCGAGCGAUGGGCUCGGCUCUUGCCGAAGGUUCGUGGCCUUCGCGCAGAGGCGUCGGAGAAGGAGAUGCUGUGGUUGGCGGCAGUGUGCUGGAACGCGGGCUCCCGGCUCCUCACCUCAGGGUCCGCGGAUUUGGGGGAUCAGUGCCUGGAGAAGGCGGUCUCGCUGCUGGCUGCCCGAGAGGAGCCGGUCUGGCCUGGCCUCCUGGAGGAGAUGCAGCUUCAGCUUCAGCUUGCGGCCGCCUGA